UCUGCGGACACAGGAGAUAUCACAGCCAAGCGCCGACGAGACCAUCCCGUAGCAAACCAGUUCACGCUGAUUUUUCUUUUGUAAAUAAUACAGUAGUUAAAGAAUAGACAAUCAAAGAUUUGAACAAAGUAGCAUAUAAUAAGAAGAGAAGAAAGAAGAAUGGGGCAGAAAACGCCAUUCAUAUUGAUGACUGUAUUGUCUUAUUGCGUCUGGAGAGAUGAGGCUCUGGCUAUGACUGAGGUGAAUGAACCAGUUGGUGGUCCCCAUAUGGCAGAACCUCAGAUUGCCAUGUUUUGUGGGCGUCAGCUUCUGCACAUGAACACUGAGACUGGACAGUGGGAACCAGAUCCUCAGAGGCGCCAGGGAUGCUUCACCCAGCCCAGCAAGAUCCUAUCAUACUGCCAGGAGAUGUAUCCAGGACUCCAGAUAUCCCAUGUAGAAGAGGCCUCAUCUCCAGCGACUAUCCCAGGCUGGUGUAAGAAAGGCUGGGGGCACUGUCAGACCCGCUCCUUCAUUGUUGUGCCCUACCGCUGUCUGGUUGGUGAAUAUGUAAGUGAGGCACUCCUUGUUCCAGAUCGUUGUCGCUUUUUGCACCAGGAGCAAAUGGACUCUUGUGAGAGCUACGUGUACUGGCACAACAUUGCCAAAGAGGCUUGCACAGCUGACAGUCUGGAGUUGCAUAGCUACGGAAUGCUGUUGCCGUGUGGUGACCGUUUUCGUGGGGUGGAAUAUGUGUGUUGCCCUGGCAGAGCUGGAACAAGUGGACGUGGUGAGACAGAGACAACAGAUGCUGUACAAGGAGAAACACCACCCCUUGUAUCCAUGGCUGGAGAAAAAGUUACCACCAGUGUGAAAUCAAUGCCGCCCACACCCAGUCUUUCCCCUGAGACUGACAUAGAGGAAGAUGACAUGGAAGAGGAAGAGGAGGAGGUAGUGGAGGAAGAGGCAGAGGAGGAAGAGGAGGAUGAAGGGAAUGAUGAGGAGCCAGCAGAUGUAGAGGAAGUAGAAGAGGAGGAAGCCACUACGACAGUAAAGGACCCAGAGGAGUACGAGUAUCCCAUUGAUUCUCAUUUCCAGGGCCAAGAGUACAUGGACAACUUCUAUUAUGAUAAGACUGCUAAAACUUCCACCCAACCUCAGAUACGGAUGGACAACUCAGUGCCCACUCCUCGUCCUACAGAUGGCGUGGAUGUGUACUUUGAGAUGCCGGGUGAUGACAGUGAACAUGCCAACUUUCUGCGUGCAAAGAUGGACCUGGAGGAACGGCGAAUGAAACGCAUCAAUGAGAUCAUGAAGGAGUGGGCAGAAGCAGACAACCAGUCAAAGAACCUUCCUAAGUCAGACCGCCAAGCAUUGAAUGAGCACUUCCAGUCUGUUUUACAGACUCUUGAGGAGCAGGUAGCUGGUGAGAGGCAGAGGUUGGUGGAGACACAUCUGGCUCGUGUGGUGGCCACUUUGAAUAAUAACCGUAGACUGGCCCUGGAGAGCUACCUGAGCGCUGUGCAGAGCGACCCACCGCAGCCGGAGCGUGUGCUUCAGGCACUGAAGCGUUAUAUGGCUGCAGAGCAGAAGGACCGGCGUCACACUCUGCGUCAUUACCAGCACAUCGAGUCUGCCGACCCGCAAAAAGCUGAGCAGAUGAAAUUCCAGGUGUACACUCACCUGCAUGUGAUCGAGGAGAGGAUGAACCAAAGCCUGGCUCUGCUCUAUAAAGUCCCCGGCCUGGCUGAGAAACUUCACGAUGAAAUCCAGGAGUUAGUGAGAACAGAAAGGGGGGACAUCAGUGAACUCAUGACCACUUCCUUCUCUGAGACACGCACCACUGAAGAGCUUCUUCCUGCUGAGAGUGAGGAAGAGAGGGAUGAUGAAGAGGAAGAGGACAGAGCCUUCCAGAACCGCCCAUACCCUCCACGUAUUGACCCCCAGCCCAGUGAAAAGAAAGUGUCUUCAGUAGAUGAGUAUGACUACACUACAUCAGAGAGAGGACCAACUUAUGAGUAUGAAGAGAAGAUCAACACCUCUGUAGAACUGAAGCAGGUGGUCUACAAGUCUCCAGGAAUUCAGAGAGAUGAGCUGCAGCCAGAUGUUUUAGAGACGUUUAACCAUGGUGCUAUGGUGGGGCUGCUGGUUGUUUCUGUGGCCAUUGCCAUGGUGAUGGUUAUCAGCUUGUUGCUAGUCCGCCGUAAGCCAUAUGGAACCAUCAGCCAUGGCAUAGUAGAGGUUGACCCCAUGCUGACCCCAGAGGAAAGACAGCUCAAUAAGAUGCAGAAUCACGGCUACGAAAACCCCACUUACAAAUUCUUCGAGCAAAUGAACUGAGGAGUGGUCUACAGUCACAAGGCCAUGCCCUCCCCCUUGCCUCCUGUUUUUUGAUCGGGGUUUCCAUGGCAACCCCCUCUCUCUUGUACUGUAUGUAUGUCUAUAUGACCGAUGUUAAAAAUGUAUCAGACCCGGCACGUAAAUAGGGAGUUUGUAGUAAAACUUUGCAUACUACUCUGUCGUCAGGGAGAGAAAACUGAUAACAUAAUCUGCGGAACAUAUAAAACUCUCUCACCCCCUGUUUUUGCUUUUGUUUGUGAGGGUGUGGCCACACCGAGCAUGUUCAGUGUCCUUAAAUGCCAUUUAAAAUCUUUUAAUGAAUGGUGUCCCACAUGAUUUCUGUGAAUUGUGGGUUUCAAAGAAGCUAAACCUGUUCAAAGCUGGUUUGUUUUAUUGUUUCUAUGUCCAAAGCAGAGUUAAGCUCAUGGUGAAAGUGUGAUAUGAAUGAAAUUAUAUAUUUUUGAGUUCACUACAAAAUUCUGGGAGGGAAAAUGAGUGUAGGCCCUCUUAGACAACCUACUUAUAGACUAAUCUCAUUUUCAAGACUUUAGACUUAUAAAAGAACAAAGUUUGUAUUCAUAGAUAACCAUCUGACAUUCUGGUAGAUCAUUAGUCUCAGUCACACAAUAAGAACUGUCAAUCUGAAUCAGUGUUUUAAAUGUACCACAAACGUUCAUCAAACAAUACUACCCAAAAAGCUUAGAAAUAUUUUUCUGGUAUUGCUUCUUUAAAAGUAAAUUCUAAGUAAUCUGAGGUCCAUAAGCAUAAAGAACAAGCAUGCAAAAUUUGGUGUAUAAUGCUAUAACGUACUUGUGUUGGUCCUGUUUCUUGCUUUUUGAUAAAAAUGAAAAUAUCACAGUGCAACAGUGACAUGUACAUAACUGAAGGUGUAACUAAAAUAGACGUUUCUAUCAUUAAUUUGUAUCGAUGCAAUGUGUGGACGAAAAGAUGAGCUUGUGCUGCUCACACUGAGAGAGAAACAUUUCCUAACAUGGCUGAAUGAAAACGGACUGUUGUAUAAACCAGCACAAGAAAAUGACAGUAACUUCUGACUGAAUGUAUCUUAGGUAGACAUAGACUCCAUUCACAUUCCUCCUAACACACCACAGCGUUUUUUAGAAUGCAGUUAGUUAGCUUUGCUAAGCGCUCAGUUUUCAUAUAGUAGUUCAUCAUAGUUCAUUUACAUGUAGAGAGGGUUUGUGUGAAACUAGUUUAUUGUCAUGUCUAAAAGUUGGUAGGCUUGGUACAACUUGAAUGACAAGUUCUGGUUCAAAGACUGGUUUUAGUUGCUGCACUCAAAGGUCACUCACUCCUGAAAAUCAUGUCAAGUUUGUUUUUUAAUAUUAGAGGGAUAUUAAGUUGUCUGUCCAAUGUAUUUCAAUUCUAGUAUGAUAAAAAUGUUGGGCGUCUGUCACAGUGACAAUAAAAUAAACACAACAAUUUUACUGUUAGCCUGAUGUAGAGAGAAUAUAUGUUGCUCUGAAUCUUUUUGUUUAAAUGAAGAAUAUGAUUUUGAGUAGAAUACAUUAUCAUUCUCUGUUAUAUUACAUGACAUAUCAGUAAAAGUGAAACCAAAAUGUGGGCCCAGUAUGUUUUUAAAUGUUUUUUUUUUUUUUUUUUUCAUUACUUCAUUUCAAAGCAACAAUUUUUAUAUGAACCAAACCAAACUCUAACCACUCUGUCCUGUGAAAUUUUAGCACAUUUAUUGCAGUUAAUAAAUAUACUGUUUUUAUUUUAUUUUUUUCUGAUCUAUGAGACUAAUCCUUAUGGCAUGUUUUUUUUUUUUUUUUUUGGUUUCAUUGCAUUUGGGUCUUCCUUUUCUUUUGGCACACAUGAAAGUGCCUGAGGUAGCCUACUCAAAAUAUUUUCAGAGAAUAACCCAAAGGAUAGAGCUUGUUCAUUUAUCCUCUAAUGCCCUCACAUUUCUUUAACAUGUUAAUAAAUGUAAGCUUCCAGAUACAUUCUACAUAUGAGGCAUAUCUUAUAACGUCAUUUGAAACCAGUUCAUAAAUUCUUAUUUAGUAAUCUCCAGGUUAGAAUGAGAGAUAUGGCACUACAUGCUCAUGGCUCAUGGCUCAUGGGAUGGUUUGUUGGCACCAUUUUGGAUGACCUGCUGUUUUCUUGAUCAGUCUGCGACAAGUAUUUAUGAAUUUGAAUGAGUUUCAAGCUUCCAUUGAUGUGCUUUGAUGCCCUAAUUUAUGACUUCGUAUGUAAGGUGUUAUCAAGAUUUCUUACCAGCAUCAGGAAGAUUUUAGACAGUGUAUUCUGUAGGGAUAAAAUUUAUGCUUGUAUGUAUGUCUUCUCUUGGCUGAGAUGACCCCCUCCUCUAUACGACAACCCCUCCCACUCUUAUCCUAAACCAAUAGAAAUGUAAAGAAAGUUUCAGAUGUUUUAACAUUAUUGCCUUUUUCAAUGCUGUGUUUUGGAUGUAAAUUAUAUGUAUUUUUUAUUUGUCAAUAUUAAUUGGAAUUUGGGUCAUUAUAUAGAUUUGGAGUAUCCUGUACUGGAUUGUAAACAAUGAACGGGUCUGACUAACAUCUUGCUCUAAAACUAAACUGACUAUUUAACUGGGGUGUGAAACCAAGCACAACUGUAUGCAAAUUAAUUCUUUCUUGUCCAUUUUUUAGGUCAUCAGUUUUUCAAAAUAACUUGCAGAAUGUGUUACUCAAGAAAUAAAUGAAGUGAAAGCCAGUAAAAUUGGAGCAUAUUUAGCCUAACAUGUUUAUAGGAAUGUGUUGAACAUCCAAUAUGCCCCAAUUUUAUCUUUCAGAUGAUAAAGAGCAUGUUAAAAUAUCCAAGGUUCAGCUUAAUUAUGUAAACUUUAGUUUGGAAAUUUGGUAAACUGGUGCUUCAAAGAAUUGGUCAGUGUUUCAGAUGUCAUUAAGUUACUGAAACCAAUUUAGAGAAAUAAACUGGUUGCUAAUAAUUCAGAAUUUCACAAGAGACAUGUUCUGGAUAUGAUUGGAUAAUAAUGUGUCAUGUUUUAAUUAAAUCAGCUGACGUGGAUUGUAAGAGUAGCAGUAUGUAAACUGAUCUUACUUGUUGUUCUUGCAUUAAAAUUAUAAUAAAAUUAUAAAUGACCCACAUAA